AUGUGUUGCAACUACAGCAACUCCUGUGGCUAUGGCUGCGGAUAUGGCUAUGGCUGUGGAUGUGGCCCCUAUUAUGGCUGUGGCUAUGGAACAGGCUAUGGCUGUGGAUAUGGUACCAGAUAUGGCUGUGGCUAUGGCUCCCGAUAUGGCUGUGGAUAUGGCUGUGGCUAUGGCUCCUGCUGUGGCUAUGGCACCGGAUAUGGCUGUGGCUAUGGCUAUGGCUCUGGCUGCUGUGGCUACAGACCAUUUUGCUACAGAAGAUAUUAUUCUUCUUGCUGCUAG